CUCACACUCCGCGUUACAUAGCCCAACCCCACGUUUGUUCAUAAUGAGGCAAAAAAGAGCGAAAACAUACCGAAAGCUCAUGACAUUAUAUUCAAUGUCUUUUGGUUUUCGUCAACCGUAUCAAGUGUUGGUGGACUCGCAAAUAUGCAAGGAAGCGACAGAACAUAAACUUGACCUUUUGAAACAAUUGGGCUCGGUCUUACAGGGUAAUAUUAAGCCAAUGAUCACCCAGUGCUGUAUACACGAACUGUAUCUCCAAAAAUCCCAACAGCCUGCUGUUGACCUUGCAAAAACCUUCGAACGAAGGAAAUGCAACCAUCGCGAAAUCAUACCUGGUGACGAUUGUUUAACCAGCGUUGUAGGAGACUCCAAUAAACAUCGCUAUGUGAUCGCCACACAAUCUCAACCGCUACGAUCCAAUCUCAGAGCCAUCCCUGCCGUCCCGCUCGUCCAUCUCAAUCGGUCAGUAAUGGUCCUCGAACCUCCAAGCGAUGCAACUAUAGCAGCAAAGCAAGAGGUCGAAGAAAAGGCUCUUCAUGCCUCGCAUCCAGUUCCUGACACAGCUGCUAGACCGAGUGAGCCGCCUCCAAAGAAGAAAACAGGUCCUAAGGGCCCUAACCCUCUCAGCGUGAAAAAGAAGAAGAAAGCGGAAGAUUCUGCAUCGAAGAAAGGGCCACAGCAGAAAUCAGACGAUACUGCUGUUCGAGUCGGAGGAAAGAGGAAACGAACCGAUGAUGAAGAAGUUCAUGAUGAAAAUAGUGGAGGACCAACCAAAAAGAGGAAGCGGAAAAGAAGAGCAAAGAAUUCUGAUUCAGCGAGUGUUUCUCGUACUAGUGUUGCGUUAUCAUAG